GGGUGCCGGCGGUACUCUCCCGGCCUUUUCGCAAACAAUCCGUCGCAAAAACUCUGGGGAGACCCGGCCCGCGUCCUCCGAGGAAAAGGCAAGAAAGAGAAGAAAACGGGGAAAAGCACGGCGAGAGCCUGGAGCCCUGGACUCUCGAAUCCCGAGUCCACACGAGCGCGAGCGCGGGCGCGCCGCCAUCCUACCCUAUAAAAUCCGCGCCCACCGUUGCCCUUCUCCUCCCAGCCCUUUGCCAUUUCCCUUCUCCGACACGCGCCUCCCGCCCCGCUCUGCUCCGCCGCUCCUCCUCGUCCCCCGCGUAAGCCCUCGGCUUCUCGCAGUCGCAACCAUGACCGACAGGGGCGACGUGCUCGACCUCGCCGCCAUCGACGCCAACACCGAGCUCACGCCGGAGCAGAAGGCCGCCCUCGUGAUGUCGCUGAAGAACAAGCUGGAGGCGUUGGCCGCGAAGCACACGGAUGUGCUCGAGAGCAUCGCUCCUAAGAUCAGGAAGCGCGUCGAUGUGCUCAGAGAAAUUCAGAGCAAACAUCAUGAAAUGGAAGCAAAGUUCAUUGAGGAAAGAGCUGCACUAGAAGCUAAAUACCAGAAACUUUAUGAACCACUCUACUCAAAGCGUUAUGAAAUUGUGACCGGUGUGGUUGAGGUAGAUGGCAUCACAAAGAGUGGAGAUGAGACCAUAGCUGAACAGAAAGACAAGGGUGUUCCAGAUUUCUGGCUUAAUGCAAUGAAGAACAAUGAAAUACUGGCUGAGGAAAUCCAAAUGAGGGAUGAGGAAGCUCUAAAGUACCUUAAGAACAUCAAAUGGUGCAGAAUUGAUGAUCCAAAGGGUUUCAAGAUUGAGUUUUCAUUUGAUACUAAUCCUUUUUUCAAAAAUUCUGUGUUGACAAAAACUUAUCACAUGAUUGAUGAAGACGAGCCCAUUCUUGAGAAGGCGAUUGGGACUGAAAUUGAAUGGUAUCCUGGAAAGUGUUUGACACAGAAGGUACUACAAAAGAAGCCAAAGAAGGGUUCAAAGCACACUGAACCUAUCAUAAAGACUGAAGACUGCGAGAGCUUCUUUAAUUUCUUCAACCCUCCUCAAGUGCCUGAUGACGAUUUCAUCGAUGAGGAUACCGCUGAGCAAUUGCAGGACCAAAUGGAGCAAGACUACGACAUUGGAUCUACUAUCAGGGACAAGAUUAUUCCACAUGCUGUUUCAUGGUUCACCGGAGAGGCUCAAGAUGAAGACUAUGACGACACCAUUCUAGAGGAUGAUGAAAAUAACAGUGACGAUGAUGAAGAUGAUGAGGAAGAGGAAGACAACGAAUGACGAUUGUGACGUAUGGAGGUCUCAUUGUAAUACCAAGCGAGAUCUAUUUUGUACUUACACUUGUUGCUUUUCUAUUUUCUACUUUGAGUGAGGGAGUUGCAGCAGGGUAAGCGGCCUGCUGAGUGCACGCAGCAGUGAAGCACUGGAAAUUUCCGUUUGCGAGUCGAAAAAUGUUUUUCUUUUACAGAGGUAUGUUAAUUGAAAUUUUGGUCCAUGGAGAGGAAAGUUUUGCAGAUAAUAGGAGUAGCAUGGCUUGCUUUGUCUGUACUGUUUAUGUUUAAAGUUUACACAUGGUGUGAUGUAUACUAUUAGCUGUCCUGCUCUUGCUCAAUC